AAAGAACAAAACCGCCAACGCAGCACAAGAAGCCAGCAGUUUGCUGUGCUGGCACUGUGUGCGAGCGCCAGAGAUCUGCAGAGGCAGAUUGUGCAUCAUUUACGUUUCCCGAGAAGCGAUAGCAGCAAGUGCGUGCAUGCGCGUGUGCACUGACAGCAUCACAGAAAGAAAGAACGAGCAAACGAACGAAGACACCCAACAACACCAAAGGAACAACGCACCACAACAGCGAGGUGAACCAGCAGCGAGGCGAACCAGAACCCUACAACCAGCAGCAGCCAGAGCCAUGGGGAAUGCGUGGAAGCAAAAGUUUGUGCCGUACUUUGAGAGCAAGGUGCGGGUGCUGUUGCUUGGCUUGGAUGCGAGUGGCAAGACAACGCUGCUGUACAAAUUGAAGGAGAGCAGUGGCGGCAAGGCAGGCGAAGUUGAGGCGUUCAUCCCCACCAUUGGCUUCAACUGCGAACAGCUCAAUGUAAAUCGUACAACAUUUGUCUCCUUUGACGUCGGCGGCCGUUCUCCGAUUCGGCCGUUGUGGAAGGUGUUUGCGGAGGGGGCGCAGGCGCUGGUGUAUGUGGUUGACGCUUCGGAUCAAUACCGAUUGGACGAGGCAAAGCGGGAGCUGGAGUACGUGCUCGGCAUCCUGCCACCAAAAGCGGGGCUGCUUGUUCUUGCCAACAAGAGCGACCUCCCCGAUGCAGCGACGAAACAGGAGGUCUCGACCGCCCUCAACCUCUCGGCCGUUGCCGCGUCCCGCCCGCACUACAUUCACGAAACGUGCAUCACCACCGGCGAUGGCGUCCCCAAUGCGCUUUCCUGGCUUGCCAAAACACUCUCCAUCUCCCCAAUCUGCUGAGCCGACAAGGGUCGUUUUGGAUGGCUGAGAACCUGCGUGUGUGUGCGUGUGCGUGUGUGUGCGCGUGUGCGUGUGUGUGCGCGUGUGUGUGUGUGC